AUGAAGAGAAUAUUUUUACUUUUAUUUUCAGCUUCUGAAGCGAAUGUUCAAGCUAUAAAGCCUGUUCAGGUUGCAGCGGAAUGCCCCGAUCAAAAUAUAGGACAAGUCUGUGACGGUCACUGCUAUGCUCAGUUUAUUGCUUGCAAAGAUGCAUGUAGUGAAUCGAGUUGUGAGAGAACUUGUUUGAUUGAAUAUACAGGAUGUUAUGCCGAUUGUCCUUGUUAUGAUAAUUGCCCGGAUGGAUGUACCGAUUGUCCUCAUAGUAUUUGCACUUGCAAAGAACCACAGACGAACAACAAAUUCUAUCAGCAAUGCUUAGACGAGAGAUCUGACGAAUUAAGUGCUUGCUUGAAGAUAUGCGCAGCAAACAAAAGCUGCUUCGAAAAAUGUUUCUCAGUGUUCAUUGAAGAAUCAGAUGAAUGUCCUUGUAUGGAUCAAUCGCUUUUCAAGGAUAAUCGUUAUUAUAAGAUCCCUCCUCCAAACGAAAAUAAUAUUGAUUAUCUUUGGAAAUCUUCGAGUGCACUACUAAAUGGGCGCAUUUACGUUUUUGGUGGGAAUUAUGACGGUUAUAAGAUCGCCUAUAUUGAUGGCUGUGAAUUCGUUGAGACACAAAUAAGGCUUAUCAACAAGUUUUAUGCAACAGGAGGAUCACUUGUGACCGUGAAAGAGGUGCAUGAUGAGGUGGUUAUAUGUGAAGGAUACACAAAUAAAUGUGAGGCAUUCGAUGGGAAUAUUUCACGAUCUUUACCAAAUACGAGUAUCCAACACAAAUUUGCUUGCUUGGUUCUCUUAGAUGGACAAGCGACGGCGGUCGCCGGAGAAGAUACAAGUUCUGUAGAGACUUUGGCCGUUAGCGGAUGGAUGAAUGAGCCAUCUCAUCCUGCCGGAAAAUUGAGUACCCACACUUGUGUUUCUAUCGGUAAUGGAAUUAUAACAGCUGGUGGAACAACAAGUAAUGACAACAAUGAUGGAAUUGGUUUUAUAAGAGACGUUUUUCUUUUACAAAAUAACAAAUGGACUACGGCUGGCCAAUUACUAAAUACUUACCAUUAUCCGUCAAUGAUAUUUACGGGUUCUUACUUCAUUAUUAUUGAUGGACGAUUAAGAUGCGUCAUUAUAGUCUCGCUGUUGAACGUGCUGAAUGGUCAGGUCUUACGGUUACUUCUUCGAAAAAUAUUUCAACUCAAGAAACGCUCUGUUACCGUCCAAUCAUCUUUGAAAGCGAUCCAAAUAGAUGCGCGAGUUUCUGUUCCGAUAAUUUUUGCUAUGUUUAAGCUUCAGAAUACAGUUAUUGAAUAA